GGAACUCAAAUUUCUGAUUAAAAAUUAAAACAAAAUUAAUGGUGAUAUUUGGGGUUGGGUUAGUGUAUGGUUUUUGCAACCAUGGUUACUUCGACAAGAAGCCAAUGGUUUUCAAAAGUCGAUCAGUGCUUUUCGUUAUCUUUUUCAUCUUUGCUACUGACUGCUACUAGGGUUUUCCUGCAAUUUCUGCUUUCCUUUCUUCAUCGAUUGAGCGAUGGAAGCACUGCCGCUGGGUUUCAGAUUCCGACCGACGGACGAGGAGCUCAUCAAUUACUACUUACGCCAAAAAAUCAACGGCCGCCAUUCAGAGGUUCAUAUCAUCCCCGAAGUCGAUGUCUGCAAAUUGGAGCCUUGGGACCUCCCCGAUCAAUCGGUUAUAAAGACAGAUGAUCCGGAGUGGUUUUUCUUUUGUCCACGGGAUAGGAAGUAUCCAAAUGGGCAUCGAUCAAAUCGUGCCACCAGUGCUGGUUAUUGGAAGGCUACAGGGAAGGAUCGAACCAUAAAGUCCAGGGGUCGUUCAGAUGCUCAAAUAAUUGGCAUGAAGAAGACUCUAGUUUUCUACAGGGGUCGAGCUCCCAAGGGUGAGCGCACCCACUGGAUCAUGCAUGAGUAUCGUGCCACAGAAAAAGAUCUCGAUGGCACCAACCCUGGUCAGUCAGCAUAUGUUCUUUGUCGUUUAUUCCGAAAGGCGGAUGAAAUUACCGAUGCCUCCAAGUGUGAUGAAGCAGAACCAACGGGUUUAUCUCCUACAACGCAUAAAUCCUCUCCCGGCAAUCCGUCAGUUGAUUUCCUUCAAGCACCAUCAGUGCAGGAUGUGCAAAUAGAUGGAACCGAGAAGUGGGCGACUGACACUGCUGAUAACUUGACCCAUAAUGCCGUUAUUCCUUUCGAGAACAGGAUUUCUGAUGUAGAUGAAACCACUGCAAAGGAAACAGCUGAGAAGAUUUGUCCAGAACUUGGAGCCUACCUAGAUUCACGUUUCGCAAAUGAUUUUGGUAGUGAUAACAAUGGGCUAGAUUUUCAGGAUGGCACUUCUGAACAAGAUAUAGCUCUCUCCGAAUUGUUGUCACUCUUACAGAAUGGCAACGAGUGCUCCUUUAAAGAGACAUUUGAUCAGAAAAACACUGAAGUGGGAUGUGAGACACCCAUAUCUGGCCCAGUCCCGACCGUACCCCAAGGAUUGCCAUUCUGUAGGACUACAAAAUCUGAUGCCGAAGUUGCCAUUGAUGUGGCACAAAAGCAGAUACUAGUGCCUCCCAGAUCUUGUUAUUCAUCAGUGAAUUUACCCGAGAAUGGAGGUGUUAAUAUUAUUAACGAUCAGGGUGCUUCAUCUGCGGGCUCCAAUGUGGGUUCAAUCUAUAGCCGGGGGAAUUACUGGGAACAAUCGACAAGCCAGACUAAUCCCCAUACUGUUGCAAACUUCCCAAUUGAUCGGCCUGAAAUUAAGAUCCGGACCCGUCAAUCUCAAACAGGUCAAUCUCAAACAGACCCAAGUUCGGAAAAUGUUAUGGGUCAAGGCAGAGCUGCUAGAAGACUCCGUCUGCAGGUUGAACCUUCGUCUGUCUCAAUCAGCCAUGGUGAUGAAACAAGUUCAACAGUUUCCGAGGUUUGUGACGAUGCAGAAGACACUGCGAGAAGUUUUGAUGGGUCUGAGCGGAUCAAUCCUGAGUUGGUCCCGAAACAUGAUGCAAAGGAAAACGAUCAGAAGCAUAAUAGAUUGCAGAUGAAACCGUUGAUUUUGGUAAGGGCGUAUUGUGGUGGUCGAUUCCUAAGUUCGUCAUUGAUUCAAAUAAUGAGCAUAUUUCUUGUUAUAUUUGUGAUGAUGAUCUCUUUAGGGGUUAGAGAACGCCCAAUUUUUCAUCUUUGAUUAGAUUAGGUUAGAUCAGAGAUUGUAGAAAUUAAGACUUUGGUUGCUUUCUUAUUUGAUCAGCAGUGUGUGAGUUGAAAUCAUGGGAUGUGAUUUAUCUAUCUUUUCUCACUACAAAUGAAGAGUAAUUGGCAUA